AUGAGGUUCACCGCAGCUCUCUUUGCAGCCGUAAUGGUCGCUUCUGCGGCUGGAUCGCCUAUUGUCAAGCAAGCCAAUGAAUCCACUGGCGCUGUCACCAACGGAGAUGAUUAUGAACAAUCACACAUCUACACCCGCAACCCCGGCGAUGACUACAAGCACCAGGACUCAAUGUACGGCAAGCGUGGAGACUACGACGCGCAGUCUUCCAUCUACAGCAAGCGUGAUGAGGCCAAGCCUGAGAGUGACGACUAUGAACAAGAGCACAUCUAUUACGCCAAGCGCAAUGAUGGAGACGAUUACGAGCACCGGGACUCCAUCUACAACAAGCGGGAUGAGGCAAAGCCCGAGAGUGACGACUAUGAACAAGAGCACAUCUAUUACGCCAAGCGCAAUGAUGGAGACGACUACGACCACCGUGAUUCCAUCUACAGCAAGCGCGGUGAGGCAAAGCAGGAGGGAGAUGACUAUGAAAAGUCAAACAUCUAUACCCGAAGCCCCAGCGAUGACUACAAGCACCAGAACUCAAUGUAUGGCAAGCGUGGUGAGGCCAAGACCGAGGGAGACUACGACGCGCAGUCUUCCAUCUACAGCAAGCGCGAUGGUGCCAAGGCUAUCUGA